AUGAUUGCUGAUUUUUGGCCUCUUUUCAACAUCCUCUUGAUCAUUUCUUGAGUGAGGAGAGUUUGUGGACACAUCAAGAUCCUGAGUAUGUGCAAAAAUAUCGUCAAAAUGAUUGGGUUGGUAUGAUUUUGAGAAAUCUUUGGUUAAAAAUUUAGCUUCAACUCCAUACUCAUCAGUUAUCUCUUUGCACAGGUUUUCAAGUUUAGACUGAUUUCGAGCAAUCAAGAACACAUUAAAGCCUUUUUGUGCUAGCUGUUGAGUGUACCCACGGCCAAUACCGUCAGAGCCACCUGUGAUCACCGCCCAAGUAUUAUUUCCCAUACCUCUGAGUGAGGUCGUAAGGCUUCCUAAUGAAAUGGUUAUAAACCCCUCUGAAUGGCUUGUAUAUUCAGUUAUAGCCCAAGAAAAUAGCCCCUGUUGUUGAGAGAAAUGUAGUAGAUUUCAGCAUUUUUAGUCUAAAUUUGAUAAUUUAUCAUAUUUUCU